AUGGCCAGCUCUACAUCCCUCACACCGGUCUCUAUCGUGGGGACCCCUGCUUUGGCCCGCAGACGGCGGCCUCUGUACCUCGAUCCCAUUCCACCUCUUAAUCCAAUAACAGAUCCUCUCUCCAUAGGAAUCAUCGAGGACCGGUCGGCCAACACUAUUGCAGUUUUUGCAGCGCUGAUGGUAUACUCGCGCGUUGUAUUGCUCUCCGGGGUACAUCCGAAUCGUGAUGGCGAUUUUCUUGCUCGACCAGCCCUUGGAAUGACAUCGGCCAUUGCGGCAAAUGAAGCGGCCCAUGAUGUUCGUGUCCCGGAAUCGAAUAUUACUAUCGUCGUCAUCCACAUCGAGGAAGUCUAA